CUUUUCCUCAGUUCACAGUAAUAAAAUGCUCUCAAUGAUUGAUAACAUUCACUGCUUUUGAGUUACUGCUACGACACUUGUGGCACUUUGCAUAUAUGGAAAAGACUUUACAAUGGGAGACCAGUUGGCUCGAUGUACAGAUGAGGCAAGAAGGGAAAUGCUGAGUCUGAUAGAGCUGGGACAGAGGCUGUACUUGUUAGACAAUAGUGGAUUUGCCGUGGUGUGUUACAGGUUAGAGACACACGAGCAGACGCAGAGAGGUCUGAAAGGACAUAAAAGUUGUAAGAGUGAAGGAAAAAGAGCGUCCGUGAUGAUACCUCCAUCAGAAAACUGUGCCUUAUUCCUGGCAGCUGUCGUGACCAUGCUGACCUGUGUGUUGCUACAGGGGGCCCAGGCAGGAGUGGUGGGGGACUUCAACCAUGCAGAUCGCUGUAAGGACUCUCUGUACAUGGGCACUCCACCCCGAGGUUACCUCAGCAACUCCUUUAAGAAGAUCUGCCAGAGGUAUGAGGAUAAACCCCGCUAUGUCACUCUAUAUAACCCCCACAAACACAUCCCCAUCUAUUCUGCCUAUACAUUCAAGAAGUCGGAUGGGGAGAAGAAGGUGGAUUUCCCUUGGAUGUUUGAGCCCCAGCUGGCCUCAGAAAAGAGCAGCAGUAACAUGGAGCCCUUCCCCCAAUCUUCAAGCAUGCACAUGAACUUUGAGGACACCCAGGCAGUCCUGGAGGACUACGCUGAUGUGGUUCAGUACGAACGUGGCCAGCUAAAUCCUGACGAGCAUCAGGCUGACCCUCUGGACAAAGCCUCCACCUACAGCUUGACAAAUGUGGUACCCCAGAUCAGGGAGUUCAACUUGGGUCCCUGGUCGGAACACCAGGACCUCAUCCGCAAACGUCUCAACAACUACUGCCGUGGCAAAGCCUUUGUGGUCACCGGGGUCACCACAUCCGGGCACACGAUCCGUCGCAACAACCUGGACCGGGUGGCUGUACCGGAGUACAUGUGGUCAGCCUACUGCUGCACCGAGUUUGACCAAAAUGCACCAUACUUUGUGCGGUACAAGUUCCCUGUGUUUGGAGCUUAUGGGCUGAACGAUCGUGUCAACAACCACAUGGUGGAAGUACCUCUCAAGAACCUGGAGAAAUUUCUCAAGGGGAGGAUGGAUGUGGACAAGAACUUUCAGAUUUUCUAUAAUGACUGUGUGCCAGAUAACUGAGAUCAAGUGGGCGUGAUCUCUGGUAUAAGUCAAGUUUAAAGUGUGUUAGAAAGGUACUUGGGGUAAAGGUUUGGGGCUCUUGCAGCUCACAAUAUACAUGGAACUAAGAUGUGUUGUCAAAUUCUAUUAUAUAUUGUAAGCAAUAAAAUGGGAAUUGAUUGGA